UCGGAACUUAACAGUGUGACAUCCAGCGGAAGUAAACAACACAAGCGCUAGUAGCGUUAGCUGCAGGUAUGUGUUGAAUUAGCUGGAAGACGAUAUUCGUGGCGCUGCUACUUAUUUAAUUUGCAAUUAAGCAACAAUGUCUUCAGUCGAGUAUUUGAGAGAGUUUGUCAACAAACGACUAACUGCUGCUGCUCAAGAAAUAUUCGGAGUUUUAAAAAAAACUAUCGUCGAGUACGAGGAAGAGAUCGAUCGUCAGCGCAGACUGCUGGAUAACUUGCGGAAACCCGAAAUAAAGUUACACAGGAUAGAGCUCCCACAGCAACAUGUCUGUACGGAGGAGGAGGUUGUGGCUGACCAGCAGCUCUGUAUUCAGGAGAGGAACUCCAGUCUGGACCAAGAGGACCCAGAGCCUCCACAGAUUAAAGAGGAACAGGAGGAACUCUGCACCAGUCAGGAGGGAGAGCAGCUUGUACUGAAGCAGGAGACUGAUGCCUUUAUGUUGACUCCUACUGAUGAGGAAAGUGACCACAGUGAACCAGAACCAAACAGGGACAAGCGGCUCCUCUCUCACAACUCUCAUGCAGCUGAGAGCCAAGAUCAGAAAGGAGGGAAGCAUGGAGACUCAGGAUCAACUAGAGAUGCAGAACCAAAUAAUCAACAUCACAAAAGCAAAACUCUGACUGACAAUGUAUACAACUCUGCCCUGUCAAAGAUUCACCAUAUUACUCACACAGGUAAAUCGUUUUUCCAAUGUGACACAUGUGGGAAAGAUUUUAAGUAUCAGUCUCAACUGAAUAUACACUUGAGAAUACACACAGGUGAGAAGCCAUAUUCUUGUAGCAGCUGUGGAAAAAGAUUCAAUCAGACAUCAGGAUUGAACACUCAUUUAAAAAUCCAUACAGGUGAAAAACCAUUUACUUGCAAAACAUGUGGGAAAAGAUUCAGUCAGACGUCAAAUUUGAACACUCAUAUAAGAAUCCAUACAGGUGAGAAGCCAUUUUCUUGCAAAACAUGUGGGGAAGAAUUCAGAUUUAGUUGUCUGUUGAAAGUCCACAUGAGAAGAGCCCACACUGGUGAGAAGCCUUACCUUUGCAAGAUCUGUGGGAAAAGAUACUUUUGUGCAUCUCAUUUGGCACAGCACAAAAGAUUGCAUACAGGCAAGUAGUCUUGGAGUCGCAAAAUAGGUUUAUGGUCAAAACUACAUGACGACAUGACAGCUCCCCAAACGAAGCCAAAACAUCUCAAUCAUCCCCUGGUGGCUGGCUGGAGUAUAGGUCAUAAACCCCGCCCCCUCCAUGUUAGUGGAUGGGACAACAGCCAAACUAAAAAGUACACGUCAAAUAUAAAUUUCCCAAAGAUGGUUUCUGUCAUUUCAGGUCGUUCUUAUGUUGACAUGUUUUAAAGUGUUAAUUUUUCUGAUACGUUUGAUUUUAAUUAGUUAUUUGAUGGUUUAAAAUGGGGGUUUCACAUUUUGGGCAGGCUCUGGCUCCAAAUGACGUCACCAGCGCAACAUGGCAGCUCCCGUAUCCGGGAUAUUUUGGCUUCAUUUUUGUACAGUGCAAGGAAGUGGAGAUUCAUCAUCCAUUUUUAUAUACAGUCUAUGGUCAAAACUCACAAGAACUCACAGGAGGGAGUAGCCAUAUAAUUGCAGCUCUUGUGGGAACAUUUGUACUCAAAUCACAUACUUCAAAAAAAUAAUGUCCUCAGGAUCAAUAUACAAAGGAGAAACCAUCGAGCUGAAACUCCCGUGGCGACUUGUUAGCCUACGGAAUGAAAAACACAUACACGUGAAAUACAUGUAGCAAUAGCUACAUCUCUGUAAUUGAUUGUAAAAUGUUUUUUAUAAAGAUGAGAUCUUAAUAUCAAAGUGUAAAGUUUCACUUCAUACGGCUGUAUUAUAUUUCUUUUAGCAAUAGUAUUUUUUAUUAAACAAUCGUGAUGUCCCAAAUCGAGGAAAAAUGCUAGAUUCAAAGUGAGUGCCCAGUAGUGGCUCCUCAAGUAUUUGAUCGUUCUAUAUGAAGCCUACACAUCUUUUGCAAGAAGUCAGAUUUUACAUUUGAGAAUGACUGACAUCACUUUUAUAUCACUAUAUAAGAAGUCCUAUUAAAUGUGAACGUGCCUUCUUGUUGCUAUUUUUAUACACUACCUCAGUUGUUAGAAAGCCUGACCACGCCCCCUGCAAUUAAACUGCGGCAUUGUUCCUUGAUGACUUUUCAAAGGGAUAACAGACUCCUUUCCUUAAUCAUUAUUGUCCGGUUUGUGCGUUCAUGAGGAUAAUGUGAGUACUGUAGGCUACAUACAGUGCCUGUUAAGUAUCAUCGUAGAAUGGAUAUAUGUUGUAGUUUAACUUUAUAGUUUUAACGGUUUAGAAUGUAGAGUUGCUACUCGCUCUAACAUGCAAGCCUUUUUUCCUUUUGUAUAGUUUUACCACUGUUCACGCGUAAAUUGUAUAAUUUGGUUUAAUCAUCCAUAACUUCUCUAAUAAGUUAUUACCUUGGUUAAUUUCACUGCCUGUGAUUUGCUCUGACUGUCUUCAUGUUUAAGUUUGCUGUUAUGGUAUAGCCUAGGUUAUUUGAAAGGGAAUCUCAGUUUCUGUGUAUGGACACAGCUUUUUCUUUGUCCUCAGAAUUUUCAAAGAAGUUGGACGCAGGUCAUUCCAAUACAAAUCUCCAUCCGACUGGAAUAACCUUUCGCUUUUUCUGAGAUCUGUGGCCUCUUUACGCUGCUUCAGGACAUCUUUAUUUACUUAUCUUAAAACAAUCUGUUUAUGCUUUUAAUUUGUGCAUACAAGACAAACUACUUCAAUUGCUCUUGUGCAGAUGUAAUUGCUUUAUUAUCCUGGUCAUUGUAUCCAGUUUUUCUUGUACAACAGCUGAGGGCUGGGGGUGUGGGUGGGAGAGGCUGAGCAAGCUGUCUGUUUUUGCCAUGUAUGUUUAUGUAAUGCCCUUUUUUUUUGUAUGUGCUUUAUUUUGUACUUGUAUCUAUAGGACCCCCUUGAAAAUGCUGCAUCCCAAGGGGCUAUCCUUUCAAUAAAUUCAAUAUCACUUGA